AUAGAAAUAACGAUCGGGAUCGAUGUACAGAGAAAAAUAGAAUGGCUGCCGAGAGUGAGAAACCUUUGGAUACUAAAACAAGGGAUGCUCUAACUGAGGGUCUGAUUGAUUUGCUGAAACCAUCUGUAGAAGAAAUUGAUGACAGAGUCCGAACAGUCCGAGAGAGUCAAGUUGAGCUUCGCCAACACAUCGAUAGCUUAGCUGAUGAUCUGAAGAGGAUCGCUGAGCAGCAGGCUGUACCAGUGGAUCUGGAGCCUUACGUAAAGAAGCUGAACAGUUCCAGGAGACGAGUGAUGCUGGUCAAUAAUAUCUUACAGAAUGUCCAGGAAAGACUAAACAAACUUAACAACCAUGUCGUGAAAGAAACAGCAAAGAGGAAGGCUACACUGGAUCCAACUUGAUGCAUAACUCCGGAUAUAAGAAAAUAUUUUAGUGUUGUUAUCUGUUUUGUUCAAACAAUUACCGGUAUUCAUAUAUUUGU